AUGAAGUUCACACUCCCGGAAAAUGCUUUCCCCCAGCUCGAUCUCACCAAGGAGCAACAAGAAGCUCUAAUCCGAGAAGCAGAGACCGUCGUCCAUGAAACUCUGGCUGCGAACGAAGCUUUUCUCGCUGGAGGAUCCAAGUUCUCCAACUCAAAGUGGAGACUAGUACGAGCGCGAGAUGGACUCAACGUAUAUCGUGAGCGACAGGCACCCGAAAGCUCCAAGGCGUUGGGGAAACAGGAUCGCACGGGACCUCUUUCGCCCUCGUGCCUGGAGUGA